AUGUGGAAGUCAGAGGACAACUUUGUAGAGCUGGUUCUCACUCAUUUAUGUGGAUUCCCAGGAUUGAACUCAGGUUUGCACAUUUGUGAAGAACUAUACCCAGAGUCACCUCUUCAGUCUAAUGUACUCUUUAAACAAUUUUUUCUUUUGCUCACUCCAGUUGGCAUGAAAGUAAGCCCUUGACUGAGUAUGGGAAGGUUUUGGUAUUUCUGUGCAAGGAGGACCUGGCCCUGCCUGGGUCAGAGAAGGCUAUCUUAGGAAUCCAGAUACCAUAGUCUGUUCCACAUUUCCUCUAAAGGUAUCUAUCAUCUAAACCCUCCCUUCACCCAAAGCCAAAAUCACCUAUCUUCUGGAAGUAUUCAUUGAUCUCUGGUUCCUUAUUUAUUUCUAGUUUUAAGUUUUACUUGUUUUGUUUUAGAUAAUAUGGUACUAUGUAGCUCAGGCCAGACUUGAAAUCUUGGCAAUCCUCCUCCUUGGCAGUCUCCCGACUGUUGAGAUCAUAGGGGUGGGCUACCACGAAGGGCUGUAUUAUUUAUGCCUAAAAUUUAGUAACACACAUAUAGCUUUAAAAUUCCUGUUUCACAGGUGUUUCCAGGGGCAAAUGUUCUUCAUUCUAUAGUCCUAUCCAGAGUCUCUGUGGCCUUAGGUACUAACUUGCCCGUUGUAUGUUCAUCCACAUCAAAUACUCUAUUAGUCUUGGGGAACUCCUCAGGCUGCGGGGGUGGCAGUGUGGAGCUGCGUCCCUAUCCCCUCACCGCCGAAGCCCUCCAAGCCCGGGUUCCAUCCCGCCAGGCAUGUUGCACCCUUCCUCAAGACUGUUUGCAUGUCCCUUCUUCCCAGCAUUCCACUCGCCACAUUAUCUCUACUGCAGUACCUGUCCCUGUCCUUCACAGCUCUGGACAGGACUUGGGGUUACAAGUUCACAAGUGAAUUUCCGAAUGCCCCUCCGGAGAGGAGAACGGUUCUCCACAAGACAACUAGCCAUCUUAGCCUCAAAGUUCAGGGAAGAAGACCACUACUCCCAGAAGCCCUUUCGCCGUGGGUCAGAGCUUUCCUCUCCCAAGAGCCUCCGCGCGAAGAAGAGCAUGCGCGAAGCGGCUUACGUGGCCUGAGUACGUGGGCCGGACUUCAUCUCCCAGCGGGUCGGAGGGCAUUCUUCAUCUCCUCGUGACGGGUGACUUCCGGCGUGGAGGGGCGGGGUUGCGCGCGCGACUGAGCCAGCAGCUGGAGCUGUGAGGGGAGAGGCCCAGUGGCCGCUAGGCGCUGGCCGCCAUGGAGGCCGUGCCCCGAAUGCCCAUGAUCUGGCUGGACCUGAAGGAGGCGGGUGACUUCCACUUCCAGCCAGCGGUGAAGAAGUUUGUCCUGAAGAAUUAUGGAGAGAAUCCAGAAGCCUACAAUGAGGAACUGAAAAAGCUGGAGUUGCUCAGACAGAAUGCUGUUCGUGUUGCUCGGGACUUUGAGGGAUGCAGUGUUCUCCGCAAGUACCUUGGUCAGCUUCACUACCUUCAGAGUCGGGUGCCCAUGAGCUCGGGCCAGGAGGCUGCUGUUACUGUCACCUGGACUGAGAUCUUCUCAGGCAAGUCUGUGGCCCAUGAGGACAUCAAGUAUGAGCAAGCCUGUAUUCUCUACAACCUUGGUGCACUGCACUCCAUGCUGGGGGCUAUGGACAAGCGGGUGUCUGAGGAGGGCAUGAAAGUGUCCUGCACCCACUUCCAGUGUGCAGCAGGUGCCUUUGCUUACCUGCGUGAGCACUUCCCACAGGCCUACAGCGUUGACAUGAGCCGACAGAUCCUCACUCUCAAUGUGAACCUCAUGCUGGGCCAGGCUCAGGAGUGCCUGUUGGAGAAGUCAAUGUUGGACAACAGGAAGAGUUUUCUGGUGGCCCGCAUCAGUGCACAGGUGGUAGAUUACUACAAGGAAGCAUGCCGGGCCUUGGAAAACCCUGAUACUGCCUCCCUGCUGGGCCGGAUCCAGAAGGACUGGAAGAAGCUGGUACAGAUGAAGAUCUACUACUUUGCAGCUGUGGCUCAUCAUACUGGAGGUGGUCUUCUCUGUCCCACCCCUGCCCACCUCAUCCUCCUCCCCUGUACCAUGUGCCAGGUGGCCUACUUCCAGAGUGCCCUGGACAAGCUUAAUGAAGCUAUCAAGUUGGCCAAGGGCCAGCCUGACACUGUGCAAGAUGCACUUCGCUUCACUAUGGAUGUCAUUGGGGGAAAAUACAAUUCUGCCAAGAAGGACAAUGACUUCAUCUACCAUGAGGCUGUCCCAGCACUGGAUACCCUUCAGCCUGUGAAAGGAGCCCCCUUGGUGAAGCCCUUGCCAGUAAACCCCAUAGACCCAGCUGUUACAGGUCCUGACAUCUUUGCCAAAUUGGUACCCAUGGCUGCCCAUGAGGCCUCAUCAUUAUACAGCGAGGAGAAGGCCAAGCUACUUCGGGAAGUGAUGGCGAAGAUUGAGGACAAGAAUGAGGUCCUAGACCAGUUCAUGGAUUCAAUGCAGCUUGAUCCUGAGACAGUGGACAACCUGGAUGCCUACAGCCACAUCCCACCCCAGCUCAUGGAGAAAUGUGCAGCGCUCAGUGUCCGGCCUGACACUGUCAAGAAUCUUGUCCAGUCCAUGCAAGUACUAUCAGGUGUGUUCACGGAUGUCGAGGCUUCUCUGAAGGACAUCAGGGAUCUGCUGGAGGAAGAUGAGCUGCAAGAGCAGAAAUUGCAGGAGAUAUUGGGCCAGGCUGGGGCUGGCCCCUCUGUGGCCAAGGCUGAGCUGGCAGAGGUAAGGCGAGAGUGGGCCAAGUACAUGGAAGUACACGAAAAGGCUUCCUUCACCAACAGUGAGCUACACCGCGCCAUGAAUCUCCAUGUUGGCAACUUACGCCUGCUCAGUGGGCCACUGGACCAGGUGCGGGCUGCCCUGCCCACACCAGCCCUCACCCCAGAGGACAAGGCCGUGCUGCAGAACUUGAAGCGCAUCCUGGCCAAGGUGCAAGAGAUGCGGGACCAACGGGUGUCCCUGGAGCAGCAGCUCCGAGAGCUGAUCCAGAAAGAUGACAUCACUGCCUCUCUAGUCACCACUGACCACUCAGAGAUGAAGAAACUGUUUGAGGAACAGCUGAAGAAGUAUGAUCAGCUGAGGGUGUACCUGGAGCAGAACCUGGCUGCCCAGGACAACGUCCUCCGUGCACUGACUGAGGCCAAUGUGCAGUAUGCAGCUGUGAGGCGGGUGCUUAGUGAACUGGACCAAAAGUGGAAUUCCACACUACAGACCCUGGUGGCUUCAUAUGAAGCCUAUGAGGACCUGAUGAAGAAGUCCCAAGAAGGCAAGGACUUCUAUGCAGACCUUGAGAGCAAGGUGGCUGCCUUGCUGGAACGAACACAGUCCAUCUGUGGUGCCCAAGAGGCCGCCCGCCAGCAGCUUCUAGACAGGGAACUGAAGAAGAAGGCACCACCACGGCCCACAGCCCCAAAGCCACUGCUGUCCCGUAGAGAGGACAGUGAGAGUGCAGAGACCGGAGACCCACCUGAGGAGCUGCAUAGCCUGCCCCCUGACAUGGUGGCUGGCCCACGGCUGCCCAAUGCGUACCUAGGAACUACUACCCCACUCCACUUUCCUCCUGGCCCCUUCCCCAGCUCCACAGGCCCAGCAUCCCACUAUUUCUCAGGACCUUUACCCUCUGGAUCCUAUUCAGGCCCCACCCAGCCCAUGCAGCCCAGGGCUGCAAUGCCCAUGGCACCUGGGCCUGCCCUUUACCCAGCCCCUACCUACACACCAGAGCUGGGCCUUGUGCCCAGAUCCUCCCCACAGCAUGGAGUGGUAAGCAGUCCCUAUGGGGGUGUAGGACCACCCCCACCAGCUGUAGGUCUCCCCUCUGCUCCACCUCCCCAGUUCUCAGGCCCUGAGUUAGCCAUGGCAGUUCGACCAGCUACCACCACAGUAGAUAGUGUCCAAGCCCCUAUCUCUAGCCACACAGCACCACGGCCAAACCCUACCCCUGCUCUUCCCCAGCCCUGCUUUCCUGUGCCUCAACCUGUCCCCCAACCCGUGGCCCCACCACAGCCUCUGCCCUCACCCUACACAUACUCUGUAGGGACCAAGCCACACCUUGCAGGCCCUCCACCACAGCACCACUUUCCUCCUAGUAUUCCCACAGGCUUCCCAUCCCCCCGGCUUGGGCCCCAGCCCCCACCCCAUCCUCACCCUUCAAGAGCAUUUGGGCCACAACCCCCACAGCAGUCCCUUCCAUUCCAGCACCCACAUCUCUUCCCACCCCAGGCCCCAGGGAUCCUUCCACCACCACCCCCUUAUUCUUUUCCCCAUCAGCCUAGUAUCUUAGGGCAGCCACCACCCACCCUGCAUACUCAGCUCUACCCAGGCCCUUCUCAAGACACUCUGCCUCCCCAUUCAGGGACUCUGCCUUUCCCCAGUCCUAGGCCUCCUCAGCCGCCUCAUCCCACCUUGGCAUAUGGUUCUGCUCCUUCCUCUAGGCCACUGGGUCCCCAGGUAACCCCUGUCUCCAUUCGAGGCCCCCCACCUGCCAGCCAGCCCACCCCUAGUCCCCACUUGGUGCCUUCACCUGCCCCAUCACCAGGGCCAGGCCCAGUAUCUUCUCGGCCCCCAACAGCAGAGCCACCACCAUGUUUGCGCCGAGGUGCUGCAGCUGCAGCAGAUCUGCUGUCCUCUAGCCCUGAGAGCCAGCAUGGUGGCACUCAGCCACCUGGAGGUGGGCAACCCCUGCUGCAGCCUACCAAGGUGGAUGCAGCUGAGGGCCGACGGCCACAGGCCCUGCGACUGAUUGAGCGGGAUCCCUAUGAACAUCCGGAGAGACUGCGGCAGUUGCAGCAGGAUCUGGAGACCUUUCGGGGCCAGUUAGGGGAUGCAGGGGCACUGGAUACUGUCUGGAGAGAGUUGCAAGAGGCACAGGAACAUGACGCGCGAGGUCGAUCCAUUGCCAUUGCCCGCUGCUACUCACUGAAGAACCGGCACCAGGAUGUUAUGCCCUAUGACAGUAAUCGUGUGGUGCUGCGUUCAGGCAAGGAUGACUACAUCAAUGCCAGCUGCGUGGAAGGGCUCUCCCCAUACUGCCCGCCCUUGGUGGCCACCCAGGCCCCACUACCUGGCACAGCUGCUGAUUUCUGGCUCAUGGUGCAUGAGCAGAAAGUGUCAGUCAUUGUCAUGCUGGUGUCUGAGGCUGAGAUGGAGAAGCAAAAGGUGGCACGCUACUUCCCAACUGAGAGGGGUCAGCUCAUGGUGCAUGGAGCCCUAAGCCUGGCACUAAGCAGCGUCCGUACUACCGAAACCCAUGUCGAGCGAGUACUGAGUCUGCAGUUUCGUGACCAGAGCCUCAAGCGCUCUCUUGUGCACCUCCACUUCCCUACUUGGCCUGAGUUAGGCCUACCCGACAGCCCUGGCAACCUGUUGCGCUUCAUUCAGGAGGUGCACGCACAUUAUCUGCAUCAGCGACCCCUGCACACACCUGUUGUUGUGCACUGCAGCUCUGGUGUAGGCCGCACAGGAGCCUUUGCGCUGCUCUAUGCAGCAGUGCAGGAGGUGGAGGCUGGGAAUGGGAUUCCUGAACUGCCUCAGCUGGUGCGGCGGAUGAGGCAGCAGAGAAAACACAUGCUGCAGGAGAAACUGCACCUCAGGUUCUGCCAUGAGACACUGGUGAGGCAUGUGGAGCAGGUCCUGCAGCGCCAUGGCAUGCCCCCUCCAGGCAAGCCUUUGGCCAGCACGAGCAUCAGCCAGAAGAAUCACCUUCCUCAGGACUCCCAGGACCUGGUCCUUGGUGGGGAUGUACCCAUCAGCUCCAUCCAGGCUACCAUUGCCAAGCUCAGCAUCCGCCCUCCUGGGGGCUUGGAUUCCCCAGCUACCAGCCUGCCAGACCCUGCAGAACCCCCAGGUCUCCUACCAGCCAGCUUUCCAGAGCCUGUCCCUGUCCCAUCCUCCUCUCCACCCCAACUCUCUUCACCUCUGCCUGAGGCCCCCCAGCCAGAAGAGGAGCCACCAGUGCCUGAAGCCCCUAGCUCAGAGCCCCCCUCCUCAUCCCUGGAGCUACUGGCCUCCUUGACUCCAGAGGCCUUUUCAUUGGACAGCUCCUUGCGGGGAAAGCAGCGGAUGAGCAAGCAGAACUUUCUGCAGGCCCACAAUGGGCAGGGUCUGAGGGCUGCCCAGCCUACUGAUGACCCCCUAAGCCUUCUGGAUCCACUCUGGACACUUAACAAGACCUGAACAGACUUUGUCUACCUGAUCCUUACACUACAUCAUCUCCCAUACCACACAGGGCCUCUCUGGGUGGGCACAGCCUCUCCCAUUCCUGCUGCCUUCAGCCCUGCCUGGCCAGGCCACGCCUAUCAGGCAGAGAUGAACUGUGGGCCUUGAGUCAGGUUCUGCUCCUUUGUGGGAUCAUCGAUGUUUUUCAUCUUUUGGCUAUUGAAAUAAUAAACCUAUUCUACA